AUGUUAAGUCCAGCAAAUCACACACAAUACCAACAAAAACGACUCAUCAAAAACAUAGCUGUCAUUGGAUUUUACUCUUUAAUUAUAUUUGUAUCACUUUUUGGUAAUCUUUUGGUUUGUUAUGUCAUUUUAUCUAAGCGUCGCCUGAGAUCUCGUACGACAAAUAUAUUGAUACUCAACCUAACCAUCUCUGAUCUGUUGUUAACAUUGUUUAAUAUCCCACUUACAACAGCUCGUCUAUUAUUAGACAAUUGGCCAUUCGGUACAUUACUGUGCAAAUUGGGUCCAUUUAUUCAGGCGAUGUCAGUAUAUGUGUCGACCAUAUCAAUGACUAUCAUAGCCAUUGAUCGCUAUCAAGUGUUAGUUGGUUUGCUGAGAAAACGCUAUACAACUACAGUUCCCACCAGUCUUAACAUAUUAAUGAUUUGGCUAUUGGCUGGCAUACUGUCUCUACCACACGCCUGGUUUAAUCAAGUAAAGGAUAUUUUCAUUUUUAAGACACUACUCCGUUGUCAAGUAGUAUAUCCACCCGAAUGGGACAGUCGACUCAGAAAAUGGAUAACUCUUCUUACAUUUUCAACCCAAUACUCUAUUCCUUUAAUAAUUAUAACUAUUUGUUACGCAAGAAUUGGUGUUCAUAUAUGGAAAAGGGUUGGCAUCGGAGCUCUGACUCUACAACAGAGAUGCGAUCAAAAUCAGUCUAAACGGACAACCAUUAAGAUGCUCAUCACAGUUGUCGUUGUGUUUGCUAUUUGUUGGUUACCGUUAAACAUACAUCACAUCCGAUCUGACUUUGGAUUUGGAGACUACAGUUCCAACAUAUUUCUG